AUGUCUGAACAAACCAACAACGGCCUCCUCGGCGGAUUGGGAGACACCCUUGGCAAAACAGUCGGAGGCCUCACCAAUACAGCAGGAAACGCUGUUGGCGGGCUGGGUAGUACUGUCGGUGGCGUCACACAGGGACUAGGACAGACUGUAUCAGGCGCGACUGAGGGUCUUGGCAACACAACAAAGAACACUGGACAGAGCAUCUCGAAUGGGAUCUCGAGUGUUGGCGGAAAGGAACAAACUGCGGACAACCCGCUCGGCUUGAACCGAUAA